UGGACCAGCUGAGGUUAGCUAACUUUCUUGCUGAAGGAGUGUGAACUUGAAGACUAAUGCUUUCAUGUAUUGAAGUCGCAAACUCGCACAGAAUUGGUGGAACACUGUCAGAAUGUAGAGAGCAUCUGAGUGAUAUACCGCCCUGCCAUUGCACAACUUCCUGUCCAUUGUAUGAGUUUUAUAUUCGCAUGGAGGAGACAAGUGGAGGCGCAGUUUUGGUUUCUCCCACUAGGGGGCAGCAGGAAGCGAUCUUCGCUCAACAGCCAACGGUCUCCGCGGACGGCAGGCAGGAGGUGGACUCCCUGUUUCAGGUGAUUGAGAAAUUGAGCGCGAUCGCGGAGAGACGGCCUCCGCGCAGUGGUUCGUUGUCGGGCGGGAAGAGGCCCCACGCGCCCUGUGGGCCCAUGGCUGUAACGGUUAAGAAGCCCAAAGAGGAGAAGGAUUCUGGGAAAGGAAUGGAGAGCGUGGCGGGCGGGGACACCAGAGCCAGCUCUGAGGGCGCAGCAGGAGAGCCUGUGAAGGAGAAGUGGUACAGUCAGGAGCAGUGUGGGGCCUACAGGUGCCUGAUCUGCAGCUACGUGUGCAGCCAGCAGCGCACGCUGAAGACGCACGCCUGGAAGCACGCGGGCCUGGUGCGCUGCUCCUACCCCGUCUUUGAGGACGGGCCCGAGGCCACGCCCCUCUCCCCUCCGGAGGAGGGGGCCGUCUCGGUCCCGCCGGGCGUCGGCCCCCGCGGGCCGGAGUCCGAGGGGAGGCCGGCCGCUGAGGACGUCCCAGAGUUCCUCAUCGCCGAGGAGCCGGCGGUGGAGCUGCAGGUCACCGUGGAGACGGACGUGGGGGAGGAGGGGUGCCCGCCCGGCCCGGACGGCCUCCUCUCCUCCGCGCAGCUGAUCCUCGGCGGGGGGGCGAACAUCGCGGGACGCCUCAGCGUGGUGGUGCAGCGCCUGCCGGAGCGGGGGGCGACGCCCACUGCCGAACCGGGCACGGGCACCAAGCCCCUGAGCGAGGAGGAUGAAGAGAAGGAGGAGGAGGAGGAGGACACCUCUAAGGUGGCAGGUGAGGAGGUGCCUGCCUCCCGCAGGAGGACGCAGUCCGAAUCUCUCCUCCUGCACUCGCUGGCCGCCGAGGCCCUCGUUGCCAUGCCGAUGACGGCAGCCGCUCCGGCCAACCCCAGCACCGGGGACGCCGGGGUCCCAGAGGCGGGACGGGACCCCGCGGCGUUCGCCGUGCCCUCCGCCCCACAGACACCCCCCUCCCCCACCAAAGACCUCGCUGGCGAGGGCGUGGCCAAGAGCCCGGCCCAGGCGGGCAUCAGCCAAUCCCUGCUGACCGUCAUCGAGAAGCUGCGGGAGCGGACCAAUGAGAGCGCCUCGGACGAGGACAUCCUGAGAGAGUUGCGGGGCGACGCCCAGAGCUCGCCCGGCGACGGGGCGGCCCCGCCCGAGGGUGACCUGGCAGAGGCCCGUCCCGGCAGCAAGAGGCCCCGCCGGUGCCCGCUCCGCUGCUAUGGCGACGCCACAGAGGGCCGUGCCAAGCAGCGCCCGUGGGCACUCCUCCACCAGCAGCCCUGCCAGUGCCCCGCCUGCCAACACGCCCCCCGCGACAGCAAGGACCCGGAGAACCACGUGACCCACCGCUGCAAGACCAGGGUGCACUGCAGCAAGCAGCGGCGUAAGAGACGGCUGCAGAAUCAUGAGAGCAGCCAGCAUGGGUAUGAGGGAGCCUUGGCAACAAUGGUGCCCGUCAUCGAAACCAUGGUGACCGCAGACGAUUCGCUAGAGAAGAAAGCCGCUAAGGAAGCUUUUCAGGGUCAGAGAGUUUACCGGUGUGGCGUUUGCGACUACACCAGCUCCUCCUGGAUCGGAGUUCGGAAUCACCAGAGGAUCCACAGCACCGAGAAGCCGUACAGUUGCUGCAGCUGUAAUUUUUCCACCACCGACAUGAACAGCCUGAGGAGUCACAUGCAGAGGCACCCCCAGGAACAGUCGACUGUGCAGCUGCUGGAACAGUACAGGUGCUCCCUCUGCGGCUACGCGUGCCGCCACCCCCCCUCGCUGAAGUCGCACAUGUGGAAGCACGCCGGCGACCAGAACUACAACUACCAGCAGGCCACCCGCGCCAUCGACCGCGCCAUUUCCCUCGGCUGCUCGGCCCUGGCCGGUCCUCAGAAUGCCGGCCCCGGGUUCGAUCCCUGGCGGGACGCGCGCGUCGCUGAGGACGGCUCGGAGAAGGCCACGCCCUGUUCGGACCCCCGCAGCGAGGCCUCCACGGUGGACCGGCCUGGCGGAACCUCCGACCCCCCCGGGGCGCCCGGCGCCCCCCCCGCCCCGGGCUCGGAGUACUGCGUGCUCCUGUUCUGCUGCUGCGUCUGUGGGUUCGAGUCCCUCAGCAAGGAGAGGCUGAUGGAGCACAUGAACGACCACCAGGGCGAGAUCAUCAGCAUCAUCCUGAGCCGGGAUCCGCCUGCAGGUUACUGAGGGAACUGCGCCACCACCAAAAAAAAAAAAAGCACACUGGUCUUCCCCACACCCUCCUUUACCAAAACCCCCCUGACACC